CAGCGAUGAGCGACACGGAGAACAGCAAGAAGAGCAGCAGCAGCAAUUACGAGGAGCGCGUAAAGCACGUGUCGGUGAUCGCCAAGCCGCUCGCCACCAAGAAGCAGACCAAGCGCGCCUACAAGGUGGUCAAGAAGGCCACCAAGGUCAAGGGCAUUAAGCGUGGCGUUAAAGAGGUGGUCAAGGGUAUUCGUAAGGGUGAGAAGGGCGUUUGCGUUAUUGCCGGCGACAUUUCGCCCGUCGACGUCAUCUCGCACAUCCCCGUUCUUUGCGAGGAGAACGAUAUUCCUUACAUCUUCACUCCCUCUAAGGUGGACUUGGGCGCGUCGGCACUGUCCAAGCGGCCCACGAGCGUCAUAUUGAUCACGCCCAACAAGGCGGGCUUUAACGCCCAGGAAGCCUACGACGAGUUGCUUGAGGAAGUGAAGCAGGUGCAGCCGACGUAUUAGAUCCUUAGAAGGCGAAUUGCCUGCAGCGUUUCACAUCCCCUCAUACAUGUAGCACUUAAUCAUUAACUUGUCCGUUGCUGCUGUUGUGCUUUCACAUUGAGCCAUCGACAGCAGAACGGAGACGAGCAGCGUUUUACGUAUACAACUAUCCGAUACU